AUGAACAUCCCAACCCCCCCUCCAUCGCCUGCCACUCCAAAAAACAAAACCACCACGAGUAUCAUCUGCGAAUACCAGGCAUCCUGCACCCUACCCACCAGCCCUGACAACCCCAAGCACCGAAAAGUCAUCUCACACAUCUUCGGGCGCAACAAGGGCUCCACCAAGCGCAUCCCCCACCAGGCAUGGAUCCACUAUUGCCGGAAGCAUUACCAACGCGUGCGGUACCGAACAUCCGACUGGGCCUUGCUGCAGUGUAACCUGGUCCUGGAAAGUCUGGAGAGGAUGGAGCAGUGGGGAGAGAUCCGGGGGUUCGAGGUGAAGGCGAGGAAGAGGGAGGUCGAGAGAAGGCUAGGGAGGAAGGUUAAGGGGCAGUGUCCGGUGCCGCGGUGGCUGGCUGAUGAGUUGGGGAAGAAGUCGUUUGCGGAGGUGAGGGAGUUGGUGCAGAGGAUCCGAGGCGGCAUCGAGGCGCUUACUAGAAGUAAAAAGGGGAGCUUUUUUCCGGAUAUCGAGAUUCUGCCAGUCUUUGCAUCUGAUGAUGAACAAGUGUAUAAGUGA